ACUAUCGCUGUUUCUAAGCUCUUUUGUUUUCUACACAUUACCAGCACCUAUGUGAUCUGCCUUGGUGUGACAGCUGGUCCUAGCAUGCUUCCUACAAUCGAACUGAGACCAAAUCUGUUCUUAUUUGAAAAGAUCUCAACCCGGUUUGGUAAAGUUGCUUGUGGAGAUAUUGUAGGCUUGCGUGAUCCUCAAGACCCUAGACGCUACUUGACAAAACGUGUGGUUGGAUUGGAGGGUGAUAGUGUUACAUACAUUUCAGAUCCUGAGAACAAUGAUAAGCCUGAGACAACUGUGGUUCCAAAGGGUGGCGUUUGGCUAGAGGGAGAUAACAAGUAUAAUAGCCGUGAUUCAAGAACUUUUGGGCCUGUUCCUUAUGGCCUUAUUCAGGGCAAGAUGUUUUGGAAGAUAUUGCCACUUAAUGAUAUUGGACCUUUCUGGGAUAAAUGAUCUGAAGCAAAGCAUUCAAUCAUGUAAGCUACAAUAUUUGUUCAACAUGACUGUUCAAUUUGGAAGACAAAACCCUACCUGUUUGGACUCUGUCCAACCUUCUCUUUGCGAUUAGGAGUUUACAACCUAGACUUGUGCAUUUUGCUCGGCUAAGAUUCAAAUUGCUACUUUUUUUCUAGUAAAUAUAAGGGAAGUUUAUCUUCAA